AUGGACAUCGACGAAUUGCCUAAGCUCGCAAGAAAACGGCAAAUUCGAGAUACUAUUGAAGGUGAGCCCGCUCGAAUCAUAGAGGAAUCUCCCGCCAAGCGUGUUCCAAGCGCAUGCGCAAGUGCCUCUUCUUCUGAUACUGCUAUUGGCACAAUUAGGAACACUCAAACUCAGGUUAGUGGUGUUACAAACACGGGCGGCAGCGCGAGACAGCAUAAUCUUACCAUUGGACAAAGAAUUUCGCCUCGAUAUAGUGUCCGAGACCCCGGGCCUUUUGUCGUCUAUGUCUACCCUAUUAAUAGGGACAAUGCUAUACAUCCUACUCUUAUCAGUAGGUUAAUUGUCAAAUCUGGAAUCCCUGACAUUUUAGAAAUUAAAAAAAUCGGUCGAGGUAAAGUUUUAAUUGAAGUCAAAUCUGCUUCCGCAGCUAAUCGCUUAGUUGAGAAUCAAGCUUUUCCUCAAAAUGAUUUGAAAGCAUUCAUUCCAGCCUAUAAAGUUCUCAGAACGGGUAUAAUUCAAGAUGUUCCACAACAGAUUGACAUUGAUAAUAUCAAAGAAGACAUUGAAUCCUCCAGGGCCAGAAUCAUCGAUAUACAGAGACUCAAUCGCAGAGUCGUUCGUGAUAAUAAAGUUGAAUAUCUUCCUUCCAGGACACUCCGGGUUAAGUUUGCAGGACAACUGUUACCGCAGGAAAUUUUUAUAUUUAAAGUCAGGCACGCUGUUCGUCCGUACAUUCCUCUGCCAAGGAUGUGUCAUUCGUGUUAUAGAAUAGGACACGUAAGCAAAACCUGCAAGAGCUCUCCCAGAUGUUUAUUUUGCGGCGAAGGCAAACAUAAUACUACUGGCAACACCGAUUCAGGAUAUACGUGUCAUAUGAAGGAUGAAUCUCCAAAGUGCAUCAAUUGCCAAGGAAGUCAUUGGACGGAAUCGAUUCUGGUGAUACAUAUCAAACAUAUGCAGGGGUAUUGGGAUCUCGUUCGCAUCCCCACUCUAAUCAACAAUAGCAGUAAUAUUUCCAGGGAUCACGUUCUUCCGCACUUUUCCAAGCAAAGGCCUGCUCGUUCAACUGUUUCUGCCGGUCCUGGCUAUGAUGCGGGAGCUCAUCAGCAAGUCCUCCAUGAGAUCAAUGGCAAAAUACCCUAUUCAUCUGGUAAUGGUGUUGCUUUCCAAAAAGACUCCCUCCCUCAGAGGCCGCGCCUUGGCGCAGAUUACGAUAUUAUGGCUCUGUUAGAGAAUCUCGGAAAUCUCUUCCGUUCUGGAAAGGCUGAAAAAGAUAAACCCAGGAGUUUGUACGAUGAAGCCUUUGAAUGCGCAUACGAUUCGGAUUGUACAUCGUCGACCUCUGUUCUGGAUUUGGCUUUGGCGUCCCCCCAACUGGCUCUUAGCUGUGAUACAUUCAUUGAGAGUGACUCUUUGGGCAGUGAUCAUCUUCCAGUUGUUACUACGGUCGGUGCUGGGCUUGCUCUUCAGAGAAAAUUCUAUUAUAAGUUGCCCCUUAAGGAUGAGGAGCUUAAAAAGGCGAUAUUUGACAAGUUAUUUAGUAGUGUCUGUGAUUCUUCCUCCUUAACUGAGGGUAAUGUCCUGGGAUGUUAUGAAGAUUUCACCAAGAAUCUUAUCGAGUGUGUCAGGGAGUUCUUUCCUGAAAACAAGAGGCUUCCGCGUUCUUCUGUGGGAGUGGAGAAACUGAAACCUCCCCCGUGGUGGAAUAAUUUGUGCACUGAGGCGGUUGGCCUCAGGAGGGAGGCAAUUGGAAGAUUGAUACGCACGCCAAGCGAGGAAAGCCUUCAAGGAUUUCGCAGGGCUCGUAGGGAGUGUUUAAAAAUUCUUUCUCAGCAAAGGCGCAAAGGCUGGCAGACUUUUGUCGGCGGAUUUAACUCCAAGACUCCUACGAGUCAGAUCUGGGCGUUGAUAAAAAGUUUCAAAAGGAAAGCCUCCUCAACUAAGUCGCCCUCUGCGCAAUGUGAACUUAUUAAGGCUUCCUCAGAUGCUAUUUCCAAAUUGUGUCCGCCCUUUGCCUACUUUGAUAGAUCUACAACACUUUCUGAUAUGAAGGCCGAUGACUCGCGUAACCCCGAGGUAUGCAAAUGGCUGGAUGAUCCUAUCACCUUUGAUGAGUUAUCCUCUGCAAUACUGACAGUUCGGAAAAAAUCAGCUCCCGGGCUCGAUCAAAUUAGUUAUGAGUUGCUGGAUUUGCUGCCUGCUCAACACUUGGAUUAUCUUCUAUCGCUAUUUAAUGAGAUUUUCUCUCAGGGGGUUUUCCCUGACUCAUGGACGUCUUCUCUGGUUGUGUUAAUUCCUAAAGCUGACGGUAAGUCUGUAAGGCCCAUCUCAUUGAUGUCCUGUGUUUGUAAACUCAUGGAGAGAGUCUUAUAUCGGAGGUUGGUUUGGUUCGUCGAAUCUAGACCUAUCCUCCCCCAGUCCCAAGCGGGUUUUAGACCAUUUAGAUCCUGUGACGAUAAUCUUGCAGUUUUGACUACGGCGAUUAGAUCUGGCUUCCUAGAGAAAUCCGUUACCAUUGCUGUAUUCUUGGAUGUAGCGGGGGCCUUCGAUAGCGUCGACCCGUUUCUUCUUUUGGGGGAUCUGGCUGAUGUCGGAGUGCCUGCGUUAUUCAGGAAAUUCAUUGAGAAUCUAAUCAGUUGUAGAGAUUUGUCUUUUGUGGUUGACGGCGAAAUCCAAGGACCUUUUCGCGCAUUCAAGGGUACCCCCCAGGGAUCUACUUUGAGCCCUCUUUUAUUCGAUAUCUACCUCAAGGAUAUUAAUCAGCAUUUGCAUCCUGGGUCCCAUUUGCUACAAUACGCGGAUGACGUUGUUCUUUAUUCUUCGCAUCGUGAUCCUGCGGUUGCCAUGGAAUCUAUCCAAAACUCUCUUAACAAUAUUUAUAAUUACCUUAAAUUUAGAAAUCUGGAAGUUUCACCGCAUAAGUCUAAAUGGAUAGCCUUCUCGCGAAAGAGAGAUCUUAAGAUCUCGUUGGAUAUUAGUAUGGACGGUAAAGUGAUUCCUAGAGUCCCCAGUCAUCGUUUUUUGGGCGUCAUUCUCGAUCAGAAUCUCAAGGGUAAGGAGCACCUAGAGUACCUUAUUGAAAAAGGAAGAAAGAUCUCUAACAUAAUUAGCACGCUUUCAGGUAUUGUCUGGGGUUCCCAUCCUGGUCUCCUUCUUACUAUUUAUAGAUCCACCUUUCGCAGUGCUGUUGAGUAUGGGUGCCAAUUUUUCGUGUGGAAAUCAUCCUCGGCGGAAUUUGUAAAACUACAGCGGCUUCAAUAUAAAAUUAUCAGGAAGGCUAUGGGAUAUCGCAUUUCAACUCCUAUCAAUGUUAUGCUCGCCGAGGCUAAGGAACACUCCUUCAGCAUUAGGCUAAACCUGACUGCCUCCAAGUUCAUCUACAAAGCUAUGGCUAGUAAAUGUAGCCCUGUAUAUCGUUCCCUGGAGGAAAUGGAAAUUAUUGCCACAAGAAGGAAGUGUAAAAUUGAAGCCAUUAAGAAUUCCAGGCUCUUCAAGUAUUUUGUUACCACUCGAGGCGAAAAAAGAACAGUAUAUCGUACCACCUUUCCACCGGCCUUCUGGUAUUCAUACGAGGUUUUCUCGCUUAAGCUUGGCUAUGUUGAUGUCAUGCAGGGGUCUGACAAAAAUGAUAAACUUCUAACUAAAGCUGAUUUUUAUCACAAAUCCUUUCAACUUAGGCAGAAUGCUACAUCUUUCUACACGGAUGGAUCGAAGAGUGAUGAAGGCUACACUGGAGCUGCCGUCGUCUCCCCCAGCAUGAACGGGGACAUCAGACACAAACUGCCAGCCAGCACCUCCAUCUUUUCCGCUGAGCUGUGGGCCAUAUAUCAAGCUGUUUUGGCGAUUCUGGAUUUGGACAUUUCUAAGUGUGUUAUAUUCUCAGACUCAAAAAGUACAUUGGAAGCACUCUGUAAUACUCGAAAAAUCCAUCGAAAUUAUAUAAUUUAUUAUAUUAAACAAGCACUUUUCGAAGCUACUAAACAAGGCAAAGUCGUCACUUUCUUCUGGAUUCCGGCUCACGUUGGAAUUCCGGGCAACGAGGCGGCGGACUCUGCCGCCAAGGAUGCUGCAGUCAAGGGCUUCAAACCUCCCUUUAGAGUUCCAUAUGAAGAUAUGAGAGAAUCGCUUGAGGCGUUAGACGCUGAAGCAAUUCGGGAAAUAACGAGUAAGGAAAGUAAAUCGCUUGAGGCGUCAGACACUAAGCACUUCAGAAAAGAAAAAAAAGAAUCGCUUGAGGCGUUAGACGCUAAGCAAUUCGGGAAAUAA